CGUGAUUUUCCAAAAAAAUCAGCUAAUUCUGGAGAAUAUUUAUUUAAAUUAAUCGGUUCAAAUCGAUCAUAUGUCACUGUGUGUAUUUUUCUUGUUUUUAUUAAACUUUUAAUAUUGUAUUGUAUUCUAUUAUUCAAAAACAGGCUUGUUGCAUAGUAGGCAGAUGCUUCUAACUUAUGUGCAUACAUGAGUAUGUAUAUAUGUAUGUAUAUACGUAUAUGCAUUUUUGUUCGCUGGGAUACAUAAGCGCGUUUUUGUAAUUAUAUAGUACUCUUGUGGUUUUGAAAGUAAUGCGGAUAGCGUUUUUCAAAAGAAAAUCAGUAAUUUAGAUAGUAUAACCUGAUAAAAAUACGACUAAUCGUUAUCGUAAAAAAUGGAUAUAAAAAAAGAUCAAGCGAGGUACUCAAGAGCAGAUUUGUUGGCACUUCGUUAUGAAGGAAGUAGUCGCCAGCGCCCUCAAUGUGCUCAUCGAAUUGAACUACAAACUUUACAUUUUUGGAAAGUAAACGCUAGCGCCAAUGCCUCCAGCAACUAUGCAAAUCCAAAUAAAAUUAGCCUUUCGCCCGAGACGGAUAACUCCAGUUUGAGCAGCUCCAAUAAUGGAUUAAUAAGCUCGAGGCGAGCGAUGCGAAAUCGGGAGCGCGCUAAUAACUAUUAUCAGCGCUUUGCGCCCAGCGAUUCCCACUCAAUGUGUAUCGAGGACAAGGACAAAGAUACACAAUCUACGCAAAGCGUUCUAGGUGGUGCAACGUUGAAAUCGUCUAUCAUUGAUCAUAGAAGCAUAUCUUCAUCGCAUUUAAUGCCGGCAUUUGCCAAACGACGUUUCGCUACAGUCAAUUGCGGUAAUGGUACGGAAAACAAUGAUCCGAUAAGCAGCAAUUCUGACGAAGUUUCAGUCGGAGAAAAUGCAACUAUAGGACUAGAUCAUGCCUCCACUCCUACACAUAGCCAAAGCAUGGGUAAAGGCAUGAGUUCCCCCGUCAAGAAGGGCAGUGCAUGGGUGGGGGAGAGCAGUGAAAGAAGUUCAAAAAAUGUCCAACAAGAUCAUGACCAAUCUCUGGCAUCUUCACCAACGUUUUCGACGACUCGCCAGGAGAGGCGCAUUGGAAGCGGCCGACUUUUGCCAAGAGCCGAUAAUUGGGAAUUCAAAGGUCAACAAAACGCAUCAUCUGAUAUUGAGCAGAAGGAGAAGGAAAGAUCUCAGAAUGGAAAUGGAAGUAUUAACCAACAAAAUCAGAGCCAGAACCAUCAGCGCCCGCGGACAUUUAGCGGAAGACAUAGCGAUCGAAUUACUGAGAAUAUAGGAGAUAGGCGUUUUCUAUACGACAACAAAAGAUCUGUCGACAGGCAAGGGAUGAGCAGUCGCCGGUCAUCAAACAAGGACUCUGGAGGUAUCCAUGGUCGGGGAAAGCGCUCAAGCAUGUACCAUCAGCAUGACAGACACGAAGAACCCGAGUGGUUCAGCGCUGGUCCGACCUCCCAGCUGGAGACAAUCGAUUUGCAUGGAUUCGACGAUCACGAACACAGCGUUGAGCGCUCGAAGCUUGAUGACAAGUCGAAUCGAUUUCCGCCAGCUGAACCAACUGUGAUCGACGGGUCCGCCUCAAGAAGCAGCAGUAUAUCCAGCCUGAGCAUAAUUGAAAGGAAGAUCAAGGACGACAUCAAAGACACUAAUGAAAGUGAAUCCAAUUUCAUUCAGCCUCCACUGGAACCGGCAAAACAAAACAAAAACUUUCAGCAACCAGGCCGUUUACCAUGUACCUCAAACUCCGAGGGUGAAUUCAACUUCGAUGCUUUUCUGAACAUGCACCCUUUGGACCCUACCCUUAUGAGUAAUGACGGCGUUGAACAGGAUGAAACGAAAGGGACGUCCCGCUUUAGCAGGUGGUUUCGACCUAAAGAAGCUGCAAAUAAUAAUGAGUCAUCGGCACUUCGGGAGAAAGGAUCACAAGAAACUCACGAUAUACCCAGUGUUAAGGACUUGGAAGCACAAAUGACUAAAGUGGACCUACGUUCCGAGUACACGACCCCAAUAUCAGUUGCCUAUGGGGGUCAGCAAGCUCAAGUAGAAAAGCCGGUGGCCAGGGAUACAGAGGCUUUCAGGAAGCUCCUGCAGCAAUUGGGAUCCCAAAGCAACCAGCAUCAGUCGGGAAAUGACGUUUAUCAUAUGAUAAAUAGUUCGAAUACUGCCAGUCAAAAUGUAAAUCGGCCUUAUUUAAUCGAUCCCCAACAGAAUAUGUUUCGGGAUCACAGUCCUCAAAUGAAGGAAGAUGACUUGGAGUUAAUUCAACACCGCUUUAAGCAUAAUGACUGCAUUCCAAAGAGGAUAAAUGAGGCCAUGGUGCAGCAACAUCUACACCACCACCCAAUCCAGGGUGUCCACCCGUCAAAUAUGUUACUGGCACAGAAGCGAAUGGAAGUUCAUCAUUUAAUUCAAAGCGUUGGUCGAGGAGAUGUUUCAGUUGAGUUUCUGGAGAAAGAGUUGGGCAACCCCAACACAGUGACUCACACAAAAGAAGUCAUUGCAACCGUUCUUCGAGAAUGCGCAAAUAGCAGGAGAAAUUCUCUAGCUUAUAAGCAAGCACAUCCGAACGAGAUGGAUCACCACAGCUUGGCUCACUUAUCGUUUCAUCAAGUUCAGCCGCAACAUCAGACCUAUUCUGAGGAUCUAUUCCCACAAAGCUCGAACACCCAUGGAAUUAGUCAGCACAUUCGGCACAGCAGUUCACCCACUCCACUUGCGUUUACGCCUACGUCUGUGCUACGGAAGAUGACAGCUGAUAAGGAUACGCCUCACAAUCAGGCACUCCAGCAAUACCAAAUGCACCCACAGAACACUAACACCAAGUUGCUUGCCCCAAAUCCAAUUGGAAACGAACCGCAGACAAUGUCUGUUCAACCACGCAUGAUACUAGGUGGAGGAAACUAUUCCAUUAGUCCAAACAGCCCACAAAUGUCCCCAAAACUGCAACAGUCUCGUAAUCAGCAACCGAUGAAGUGGGAUCAAGGUGCGGUUCAAUUGACACAAGGAAAAUCAUUUGGCCGUCCCAUACUAAAGGGAAGUCUGAACACUGUUCCGCAUCAACUGACGCAAGUGCCAUUUGGAUCUAGAGCAGAGCUACAACAGCAUCAUCACCAGCAAAGGUUUAAGCCUAUACAGCCAACAGAUGCAGUUUUAAACUCUGAAAAUAUGAAUCAGAAUAUUCCAUAUUCUGACGGAAUCUCGCAAUUGCAACACCACCAUUACCUGCAACUGCAGCAGCACUCACACCAACCACUCAGACACAGAGUAAUUCACGGAUCACAGAUAUCAUCGUCAGUUACAGGUGGUGUCGACAUCGGGGAAUCUGGAAGCGUAAUCAAAAGUAAUUACCACAGAGACGAUCGGUUGCCAUCACCAACAAAUAAUCAAUUGACUCAGUGGUUUUCUCCAGAGCUUCUUGCCAGAGCUUCUGCCGGAAAAUUGCCACUUUUAAAUAUGUAUCAAACCCUUACUUUGGAAGAAUUUGAGAGAAGCAUGCAACAUUCCUCGGCCGUAGUGCACAACUAGGCGUGCAACGUAAUGUAGCUCAACCCUAAGUGCAGAGAUGCAAAAGAACGCAUUGCCUUCAAGCACAUCCAGUGGAAGGGUUUAAUCAUAAUUUUUUCUUUUAUUUAUAUCUUAUGUUUACGUAUACUUUUGUGUAUAGUGACACAGUGUCGAGGACAAGUCCUAUUCCGUCACCAAAAUAAUUCCUUAAUUUUCGGGUACACGUACACUCUGGUGACAUCAUAUAAAUUAUAGAAAUAAAAAACUGUUUAAAGUAGUUCUUGAUUAUAGUUAAUCGUAUUGUAAAAUAUAUUUUACUGUAAAUAA